GAGGAAUUUGACAUUGUCUUUCGCUCUGCUCCUCUUUCUCUCUAACACCAUGAAGGUUUACACAGUUUCCUGAUCACUCACUUAGGAAACACAUCCGAAUAUCUGCUCUCCUUCUGUCUUCAGUGCCGAAACACAGAUCUUUGGCCAUGGAGAACAUCUCUGCUCCACUGUAUCCUGGACCACCUCUAGAGUCUACCAGUCUUGUAGAUCAGAGACCCCACACCCCGCAGCCAGCUCCUCGUACACGCUACAACAUCGUGGAGCAGUCUCCUGGACCUCAGCACCAGAGAUCUUUGCCCGUGGAGAACAUCCCUGUUCCACCAUAUCCUGGCCCACCACUGGACUUUCAGUCUACCAGUUGUGUACAGCAGAGACCCUGCUCUCUCCAGCCACCUCUUCGCUCAUGCUACACCACUGUAGAGCAGUCUCCUGAACCUCAGCUCUGCAGAUCUUUGCCCAUGGAGAACAUGCCUGUUCCACCAUAUCCUGGCCCACCACUGGAGUCUCAGUCUACCAGUUCUGUACAUCAGAGACCCUGCACUCCUCAGCCACCUACUCGCACAUGCUACACCACUGUACAGCAGUCUCCAGGACCUCAGACCUACAGAUCUUUGCCUGUGGAGAACUUUCCUGUUCCACCAUAUUCACUGGAUUCUCAGCAGAGACCCUGCUCCCUCCAGCCACCUCCUCGCACAUACAACACCACUGUAGAGUGUGGUCGCCAUUCUCCUGGACCUCAACACCACAGUUCUUUGCCCAUAGAGAACAUUCCUGUUCCACCGUAUCCUGGCCCACCUCUGAACUCUCAGUUCACCAGUUCUGUUCAGCAGAGAGCCUACACCCCUCAGCCACUUUCUCACACACAUCAUGAACCUUUGGAGGGUGGUCCCCAUACUCCACUGUACUCUCCUUCUCCUCAAAGCCAAAGUUCUUUGCCCAUGCACAACAUCUCAACCCCUCCGUAUCCUGGCCCACCACUGGAGAUGAAGCACCAGCAAGUCUACAGCAACACACCAUGCAAAAAUGCAGAGGUAAGUCCCUGUAAUCAUCCACACUCUCAGAUCCCCUGCCAAUACCCGGCACCAUCUGGAACAUCUGGAAUACACAGACCUGUACAUAAGGGAGUUGUCACCCCCAAGCCGGCUCCCCAGGGAUGGCAUGACAAAGCUGAGGUUGUUUCCUGUCAAAACCAGCAUUGCAACCCCACCUUCUAUUUUGCACCAAACAAACACAGUCCUGAAUGUAUGGAUGAUAAGAUUAAGGCACAGGAGUUUGCGCCACAAGAUGUUCCACACAAACACUGCGUUCCUGUGCAGGGUGCUAAAUUUCCUGUUGAUUUCCCCACAGAGAGUAAAGUCUUCUCCAUGAAGAAAAUGUCUGAAUCGCUGAAUUUCAGGGCUCAGGCACAUCACCUGCAGCUGGAGUCUCAUUGUAGCUUGGAGAAGAGUACCAUUGAAAUCUCGACUGAGCAGCACGUAAAAGUCAGUAAAAACAGUGGUCCUCCUCCGCCGCCGUAUCCCGGCUUCGAUCUCAACCAACAGUCACCUGACCCUCUACAUCAACUCCAACCAGACACAUCUGCAUCCAUGUAUACUUACACUCAUCCUAGUGUGAUUCAGCCCAGGGUCCAAGUGGUCCAGGCCGGUAGGAGUCAAGUGGUCAUUCAGCCCCAGAGGCAGACAGUAGUGAUGCCUGCUCCUCAGCCUACUGUGGUAAUCCAGCCUGCAGCUCCAGCUGUUCGAGUCAUCCAGGCUCCGGCUCCGGCUGUUCAAGUCAUCCAGGCCCCGGCUUCGGCUGUUCGAGUCAUCCAAGCUCCGGCUCCAGCUGUUCGAGUCAUCCAGUCUCCGUCUAGUGCCGUGGUUUAUCCUCGUUACUACUGAAAUCAUGGACGACACGGACGACCCUCAGCGUGCUGCGACAAAAGCUCAGACGGGAUUUUACACUAAAUUCUUUAAAAAAAAACAUUCAUUCAUUAAGUUUUCUUUAAUUAAUACAUUUCUUGUCUUUUUGUAUCCAUGGUGAUUAUAUAUACAUGUAUGCGUAUACUAUAGCACACUUAAAUGAUUAUGUGUAUUACCGCAGUAACCCCACAGAGUCCACGGUGCAGAGCGGGUUAGCGUCAGGUCAGAGACUGAUAUGGAAAUGAUAUGCAAAUGAGGCACACGUGGGCGGGGCUACCGCUAAUUUCAACCUCUUCUUUAGCAGUACGAUGAAUAGAGGAUGUGUAAUUGUACUGGUGUGUUACAACAACAUUAGAUUCAAAUGAAGAGUUUUUCGGUAACUUCGGGAAUGUUUCCUCAAGGCUUCUGGGGUAUUUUUAUGUUUUAAAGAGCAGACUGAGAGAAAAAGUGAAGGAGGAAAUGAUGAGGAAAAAGUUUAACACUGUUCAUUUAUCACUGAAAUACGACAAACUGGCACUUUCUCCUGCAUAAACGCACACCUGUUACUAACUAAAGCUGCUCAGGGAGGCAGAAAUACUGCAAUGUGAAUCUUACGAAAGUGUUAUGAAGAUGUUACAAAGCCUCUCGUGUUGUUACAAGGCUAUGAACAUCUUACGAACCCUGACUAAGACUUUAUGAAAGGCUUUAUAAAGCAUUCAUAAGGUGUUGUGUAAUGAUUCAUGAACAGGCAUUUUACACUUUAUACCUAUAUUAAUAAUUAUAAUAAUUAUUAUUAUUAUUACAAAUAUUUUUUGUUAAUAACACAUUAUUGCACUCAUACCAAAGAAACCAAGCUGUGUUAUAAUUAUAAAUUAUACCAUUUUUUUUCUUUUAAAUAAGAGAUCAUCAGAGCAUAAUGUUAGAAAAUAAAUUUAUGUGACAGAAGAUUAUAAAACUUUUUCUUUGAAUAUACUGAUUCAAUCUGUAUUUGUCUUAAACUGUAAGAAAUAAAACAGUGGAAAUGCAUUGGACUUUAAAUGAAACAAUUUUCAUGAUUUGUGUUUUUUUUUUAAAUAUAUAUACAGCUCUGGAAAAAAUAAGAACCCACUGCAAAAUAAUGAGUUUCUUAUGUUUUUUUCUUCCAGGUUCAUGUAUUGGUGAGAUGAACAGUUCUGUUUCAUUUUUUGUGAACUGCUGACAAUAUUUCUCCUAAAUU